UUAUGCGGCCUAAAUCUGAGGUGGGGUGAAUAGUCUGGACCGACUCGGAUGGAAACGUGCAGGGCCAAACUUCAUCCCUCACGGGCUUCCGUAGUAGCAGGAAGUGGAGCUGUGACGUCAGGAGACCAUUCACUAGUCUCAGCUAGCGUCGGCUAAUUGUUUAAAUGUAUUAAGAUCGUAUUGCAGAAGUGAGACACAAACUAACGACAUACACGUGUUUCUUAACAAAAAAAGCCUUAAACUAUUUGAUAACUAACGAAAGAUUUGUUGCGCAAUUCGAAAUAGUCAAUUUAGCUAACCUUGCUAACCAGCAGCAGGCUGGAGGAGAAACGACUGUAAGUCAACGACGCGUUGACUUACAUCUGUGAAGAAGGGUAACGUUAAAUUACCACUUCGUUAUAGCUGCUGAUUGAUGCUUCUUGUGUGGCGAUGGGUGACAUUCGUCAGUCGUUGCUGCCUCGCGAUGUCCUGAGUGCAGCCAAGGAGCUGCUGUACCACCUGGACAUCUACAUCUGUAACCUGGUGCAGUCAGGGAGGCAGCCUCCUCAGGUUGACUCCAAGACCCAGGAGCUGGUGGAGGAGUUCAUUCUGCAUGCGCCCAAGGACAGAAACACGCAAGCCAGGCGGAUGAGUGCCCUGCAGGAGCUCCAGCUUUUGGAGAUCAUGUGCAGCUGUUUCCAGGAACAGAGCCGCGAUACUGUCCGCCAGCUCAUGUUCUCUGCCCUCUUCAGUCUCCAAGGCAACCAGGCAGACGAAAGUCGCAUGUCGCUGUUAGGCAAGCUGGUCUCCAUGGCAAUCGCUGUGGGCAGGGUUCCUAUCUUGGAAUGUGCUGCUACCUGGUUACAGAGAACCCAUCGUGGGUACUGUGUGCGCCUGGCUCAGGUUUUAGUAGACGACUACUGUAGUAUGGUGCCAGGCUCGGGGCCCACCCUGCAGAACAUCCACAAUGCCAGCCCGCGCUUCUGCUGCCAGUUCAUCACCGCUGUCACCACCCUCUAUGACCUCACCACAGAGGAGCUCACCCCUCCUCUGGAACUCCUCCAGAUGAUUGUUUUGUGGAUCCAAGAGGACCCAGGUCUGGUCCUAAUCAACUUCCUGAACACGGCCCUCGCUGGCAAUCAGCCAAUCAGCUCACUUGAUGUCACACCCUUGGGGGGCCUGAUGCGUUGGUGCGUCAAAGCCUCCUUGAUCUACAGUAGAGACAAGAAGAAGGGGCUAACUAAUGGGUCCGCUGAGUGUGAACCGGAAGUGGGGCCUCUUUUCUCUGCUCUCCAUCUGAGCGUCCUACAGGUGCUCAUGCUUUUGCCAAACAUACUAAAUGAGAAGGGGCUUUUUGGUCGCCUAGCGCUGCUCCAGAUGGAGCCCCUGGCUGCACUGACCUCAGACCUCUCCAGGCUGUUGGACCAGGCCGACAAACACACUCACACGUCCUCCACAGAUUCUUCUGGCCUCUCUGAGCUGGCACUGGACCGGCUGGCUCAGGCCCUGCAGGUGGCCAUGGCCAAUGGAGCUCUCCUCUGCUCGAGAGAGGACCUGAGAGCCAUCUGUUCCCGCCUGCCACACAACAAUUUGCUCCAGUUGGUGUUGUCCGGCCCGGUGCUGUACUACAACAACAUCCACACACCCCCACUGGCCUACAGCCCACACGCUGCUCACUCCCCCAUUGCCACACACCCGCCACUGGCCUCCUCUCACCCGCAGUACCCCGCUCAGCCCUUCAUGACGGGGUUGCAGUUCCCCUUCAGGCCCAGCCACUGAAAGAAAUGUCAAACUGGUUUGCAGAUGUGAAUUUGUGUGCAUGUGUGUGUGUGUUUUUGCUGUGUAUGAAUCAGUGAUGUAUGUGUGAGUGAUGUUUUUUAUGUGUUAUGGUGUUAAUGAGCAGAUAUGCUAAAAGUCUGUGAGGCUGACACGUUUGUCAAUAAAUAUUUUUUUACCUCA